AUGCACGAAACAUUGGAAUGGAAAAAUGUGUCCGUAUCUGUGAAAGGCUUUCUUCGUCAAUUCAAUGAUUCCAUUGCAACGGAAUCAUUCCUUUCUUACUUCAUCGCUUCCGCAUCAAAACGGUCAAAUGAAACAUCCCUCGAUUAUUCUGAUUUAGACCAACAAAACAUCACCCUAAUACCCAACGGUCAUAAGUACGAACCUAGCGCAGAAAACCAGAUAAAAACUGAAUUAAAAUGGUACCUUAAAGCAACAUUAGCCGAAUUGCCGGCUAGUAAACACCAUUUCAGAAACGUAAAAUAUAUUUUUCUCGUAAAGCCAGGUCUUAAUAGUUUAUUGCAACAUGUGCAAAAACAUUAUUACUUCAUAAACACCAUCCCGUCGACUGACUACACUUUGAGCAAUGUGACCAUCAGAGGAUUCUGGAGCAUGGAAAACUUUACAAUUCAACAUAUCAACCAAGCUUAUUUCUUCACUACGCGAAUGAGUAGCGUAGAAGUCACAAUGGUGCAGAAUUUCGUCUCGAAGAAUUCAAAACCUAUCAAGUUGAGUUUCAACGCUGAUCAUAUUGCCGUUUUAUCGGAUGAGAAAGCUGAUGAGAUUUAUUUCAAAUUUGAAGGGUAUUCGGUAAAGGAAACUGAAUCCAAUAAGACGUUGACCAACGACCAGUCGAAAUUAAUUGUCGAAAGAAUUGAAUCGGUUAUUACGGCUUCGCUGAGAGCUUCGGCGAAAAACACCACUCUCUUAGCGAAAUACGAAAAAAUUGAUGGAUUAGUUCCAAUAGAAUAGAAAAGUACAUAUUCUUUUUCGUAUCUAGAAUAUUAUGUUAUUUUUGUAAUUAUUCUUCUGUAUAUAAAAUGCAACUCUUUCAACAUGAAA